GCAGACGGCUUAUCUCUUUCAGACCGAUCGCUGUGAAUCUGUCCCGUCCACAUGCCAGUUUAUAUGUUUCCAUUACACAUCGGUGUGGCGAUAGAAAGACAUGCAUUUCAACAUUCUUUGUGCUCUGGCCCUAGCUUUAUUUGCCGCGGCCGUUGAUGGGGACAAGUGUGAGCCUGGAUGGGCGGAUUUCAAAGAGGAUUGCAUCUACUUUGGCCAUGACCGUACUUCAUGGGACGAUGCCGAGAAAAGAUGCAGGGAUAGAGGUGCAUGGCUUCUCUCGGAUGACAAUGAAGAAAAACACGAUUUCCUUACCGACAUCCUAAACGUUCUGACCAAUUGGCGCUAUGAGCGAUUUUUCAUUGGUGCGUCAGACUACUACUUCGAGGGCCAAUUCCGCUGGGUAGAGACUGGAGCGCCGGUGGGUCCAUUUUCAAGAUGGGCAACAGGACAGCCUCAUCUAAAUAACACCCGUAACUGUCUGAUGCUGGAAUGGGAGAACGACCAGCUUGUCUGGUCUGACCAGGCGUGUAGACCCCGAGAGUACACGUACUAUCUCUGUGAAAAACUUGGUAACGUCACAUCAGGGCCUGGCAUUAUUGGAUAAACUCGGACUGCUGAGAAUUAUUUAUUGUGUUUUAGAGAGUAAAAGAAAUAUCAAAGAA